AUGGCUGGAUACGCAUCUCGGAUACAAUCACAAUCCGAGUUUCUGUUCAAAGAUGAGAAGGUAGCUGUGGACUUCCUCGAUUAUCGCGAACUGGACAAUCAUUUCGUAUUUCCUUUCGGGCUGAAGGAAGAAGCACAAGACUUUCACUUCAGUGGCUUGAAAGCAGAGUACCGGUUAGCGUCUUAUGACAGGGCGUGUGUGCUACCAGACCUAGGCCGCUCGGGCAGGGAUCUUCGCUUCAGCUAUAAUCUGAGAUCCGUGGAACCGACGCCACCUCGAUCAAAAGAACCUUGGUCCAUCCGCCAGUGCGCUGUAUACCAUACCUUCGACGUGGAAAAUGGGAAAAUGCUCUGGAUCAUCGUCAAGGCAAACAAAGAAAUCCAGAAGCGUGUGACUGAAGUGUCUGACGAGUCAACACAAAGCGGCAAUCCCCUCAAGCGUCGCAGUAAUGCGUUUGCGGCCGCACUACAAACACAUCUGUUGUUGUGCAAUUGGUCCGGAGAGAACUGGCGGUGCUCAACUUUCGGAGACGAGAAGACGUUGCUAGCAUCCCCUGAAACAACGGUAUCGCCAGAGCUACCCUCUGUGUCUUCCGAUGGCGGAGCAGACACGGAUGACAAGUUCACUUUCAAGAACCUUCAAGCUAUACAGCAUAUUGAGGAGAAGGCACAAGAAGCCAUGCUUGUGCUCAAGCUGAACACUGAAGUUCUUGAGCAACUGAGGUUGCACUACGAUGAAGUUGCAGAGCAUGCCGACUUCCCUCAAGAAUUGAAGGAUGGCUGCAAGGCUAAUCUUCAUCGGUUCAACAAGGGUAUAAUUGGAGUAGAGAAAGACAUGCAAAUGCUGCAGUCAAGAACUGAGACACUGCUGCACCUUCUGGCUAAUCGGAAGAACUUGAUGAGCGGUAUACUACAGCACCGAAGCUCUAAAGCCAGCGAAUUUUACGCUAAAGAGUCUCGAGAAUCCGCGGCUCGCAUGGAGAUUAUGACCGUGAAGAUGCAAGAUCUUGCCAUGAAGACGAAACAGGAGACCGUCUCCAUGAGGGUUAUCACCACCGUUACCCUCUUCUUUCUUCCAGCAACCUUCAUCGCCACGUUCAUGAGCACUGACAUUCUUAACUUCGAACAUGGUAAACAAGAUCUGCAAAUGCAAGGUCUCCGACUAUAUCUCAUGAUUGCUCUCCCUGCGACAGCUUUGACCUUUGUCGCAUGGUACUUCAUAUAUUACUUCGCUAGAAGGGAAGCUCGGUCGAACGAUCGGUCCGAAGCAGUUGGGGAGGCCUGA